AUGUUGCCGACCUGUGCAUUCGAUGGAGUCCUAAAUUUAGCACAUUGGUGAUUCCGAAAUAUUGUCUAUUAUUUAAUUUCAAGGGUGUUUUGGUAACUGGGGUAGUUCAAGUUCAAGAAACAGUUAUGGACUUCGAGAAUCAAGCAAAAUAAUUUGCCUCAUAUUUGUGGUUACAUAACAGGUGUGCUUGAUUUUCAAAUAUAGACGAGUCAGCACAGUGACUAAGUCACGUAAGUGAGAGUGUUAGUGCUUAGUGUGCGAGUGUUGCUCACUGGCUUUAACUGCACAGAGAGAGAGAGGGAGUACAAAUCAUUGGAAGUUUGCAUCUAUUUGGAUUCUGGACUUUCUCGAAAGCAUUCCUCAGUUUACUAUGUGAGGGGAAUCUCUGGGAUUUGUAGGAGAGAGAAAAAGGAUGUUCAAAGGAUCUGUGCUUUAAGCACUUACAGAUUUCAUCUCCUUCUUCUGUUUGUUUCAUGUUUGCAAAAGCCAUGGAUAUUUCGGAGUACACAAGGAUUGUUUUUGAUAAACUUCAAAGAUUUGAGCCUGAGCAUGCUACAAAGAUCAUAGGAUAUCUGUUUCUCCAAGACCAUGGUGAGCAAGACAUGGUGAAAUUGGCUUCACUCCCGGACCAUUUAAUUCGCGAGGUAGCAUUCAAGGCCAGAACUGAGCUUCAAAAACUGGCUGUUAGAUCAGCCAUUCAUCCAAUUUCCCUUCCCAUCAACUCUCAACAAGGUUUAAGCCAUUUGUCAGUGAUCUCCCCCAGCACUACUACUUCACUGGCAAGCUUCCAGGUUCAACAAUCUCCUUAUUGGGAUCCUCAAUGCGCUAGGAAUACUAACGCAGAAUUUAUGACAAUAGGUUAUUUGGAUUCUAUCUCACAACUUCAAAAGCAGACCCCUUUGUUCAGUUUAGAGAAUCACAUGGAUAAUGCAAAUUCUGGGACUGGUGGGAUUGGUAAUGAUUACUAUGGCUUAGAUGCUUCUUCUGGUAAUUUGGGAGGAGGGAAAACUGGUAGAAGGUUUGAAUUUCCUGUUAAGACUUGUCACUAUUUCAACAAAGGAUUUUGUAAGCAUGGAAGUAGCUGUAGAUACUUUCAUGGACAAGGUGUCCCUGAUAUAUUCUCUCACAUGUAUGGCAAUGAUAGUUUUAGUGAUGAUCAAAUUAUUUCACCUGGCUCACUGGCACAAUUAGAGUCAGAAAUUGUUGAACUCCUGAAACUUAAAAAAGGUGGUUCUAUAUCAAUUGCUUCUCUUCCAAUGGCAUACUAUGAUAGAUACAAAAAAGUGCUUCAAGCAGAUGGCUACCUGACUGAGAGUCAGAGGCAUGGUAAGUCUGGCUACAGUUUGACAAAGCUUCUUGCACGGUUGAAAAACAGUAUUCGGCUAAUUGACAGCAGGCCUCAUGGACAGCAUUCCGUGGUUUUGGCAGAAGAUGCUCCAAAGUUCAAUGGAAAGGUAGAUUAUGGUAAAUACAUCAGUGCAUCGCGACAAAUAUAUCUGACAUUUCCGGCUGAUAGUACUUUUAGUGAGGGUGAUGUUUCAAACUACUUUAGCACUUUUGGAAAAGUUGAAGAUGUAAGGAUUCCGAGUCAAGAGAGAAGGAUGUUUGGAUUUGUGACAUUUGAUGAUCCUGAAACUGUUAAAAUGAUUUUGGAUAAGGGAAAUCCCCAUUAUGUUUGUGAAUCUCGGGUUCUUGUGAAACCUUAUAAGGAGAAGCCAAAACUUAUGGUCAGGAAGCAUUCGGAUAGGAUUGAGCACCCGGUUUAUUAUUCGCCACACUAUGUAGACAUUGAGACUGAAGCUACCUCAAAAUUUCUAGCUCCAAGAAGUUGCAGGAACCCUCGCUUUCUUCGGAGAGUGCUCAUUGAACAGCAAGAGGAAGCAGCCUUUGAAUUUCAGAGACGUUUCGCAGAGCUGCAACUGGCACAAAAAUCUUUGUCCACUCCACCCCAUUUAGGCUGCAACACUAAUGGAUUGAGAGUUUCAGAUGAUCAUUUCAAUGUCCAGCCCAUAGAAUCUCACAGUCAUGCUCCUAUUGACAAAGCUGGAUAUACAGAUGUGAAUUACACUGACGAGGACAGCAAUCAAGGACUGAAUCUCCCGGACAGCCCAUUUUCAUUUCCGGUUGAUAGUGGAAUUUCAGCAGUAAUGUAGUUUCAGAAACACAUAGAAGAAAAAUAUAGAGUUAAAAGUAGCCCCAGGCCAAAGGCAAUAUCUCUAGUUUCAUACACAAUUCAGUCCUUUCAUUGAUCUCUUUUCUCAACUAGCUCCUCAGUUUAGUCAAAGUGACAAGUACAUAUAUGCUGAAGAUUAAUCUUCACAACUGAAUUGGUGAAAUUAACAACUUAGUGACACAUGUAAGAAGGUUAUAGUUUUUUUUCUUCUAAUCAUAGAAAGAUAUGGCUUGGUUUCUAAAAGAUGACAGUAUGAGUAUCGAACUACUCUCUAAGAACAUUUUUAAUAAUUACAAUAAGUACAAUAAUAACUUGUACAUUACAAGUAUUUGGUAUUCUUUACCUGCAUUUGGAUGGCUGAUUCUCUAGAUUUAGUAAGCAGGAUAUCUUACUUGUAAUGCCUUAAUAUUAAUGAAAAGGGGGAAACUGCUUUCCCUAUUUUGUUUA